AUGGAAGAAGAAGAAAUUGUUCCACCAGAAGAAGAGAAAAUCCCACCAAUUCUAACUCUUCCGCUUGAAGUACACACGAAAAUUUUCGAGAAUUUGGAGCAAAUUGAUACGUGAGUUUAUUUUUUUUUUUUUUUUUCAAAUUUCCCUCCUCAAAACCUUCCCAUUCAUUUCCAGGUUGAAUUUCCGAGAAUGUUCCAAAACAUGCCGUGAUAUUUGGAAGGGCACAAAAUGUUUCUACGAGUCUAUGAGUUGGGAUCAAAAUCGGAAACACAUCAAACUUUCCUUGAAUGAUUCGUAUCCAUUUUCGGGAUAUUCGAAUUUUAUAAAAUUCAGUAAUCGGUAUUGUGAAAGUAUUAAAACGUGAGUUGCAUUUUUUAAAAGAAAUAAAAAAAAAGAAAAAAAUGUUCGCCGGCAGGCGGGGUCGAACCUGGGUCUUGCGGACGAAAAUCCAACGCGUUACCACUCGGCCACGCGCUUGUUUUUCUUCCCACUCAAAAUUUUCGUAUAAAAAUAGCGCCCUUCAAAAAACAAAUUACAGAGGACAAACUGAUGCUGAAACUGUAUUCCGAACACUUCCUGGAUUAAAAGUGUAUUUUGAAAAAGCGCGAAAUUUGUUCGUGAAAAAAUUGGUGAUAAAUCAAACUAGAAUCAAAAGUCUGACAAUCAAUGGAUUAUGCCCAAUAAAUCUUCAAAGAAUCAAAUGUUUUUCAAAACUUCAAUAUUUGACAAUGUCUCAUCAAGAUGUUAUUCGAGAAGUUUUACCAAAAACCGGAAACAUGUUGAAAUAUCUGAAAAUCGAGAUAAAGGAAAAAGACUCACAAUUGUCAGAGGAUUAUUCAGCACUUCCAGAGUUUCCAGAAAUCAACAGAGUUCUCGAAUUAUAUGCAAUCGAUUUUGAAUUGACAGCCGCGCAGAUAAUGAAUCUAACAGCGACGAGAUUCGAGAUUUCAGCUAAAAAAUUGGCGCCUCAAGAUGUUUAUAAUUUUAUUCGAACUUGGCAAACUGGAGAGAGGGUUUUAGAAAAAUGUGUAUGGGAUUUGACAGCGUCUGGUUUCAAUUCUCGCAUAUUAUUUCACCUUUAUGGCUUUGAAGUGCGCGAUUAUCUUGAUCGUUCGUAAGUAUUACCGCUGUCGUCAACGCGGAGCCUCGUUGUUUUAUUUUUAUUUUAAAAAAAGAAAACAACGAGACUCCGCGAUGACGCAGCGCAUUUGUGCUCUGAAAUCUUUCACCAGCUAAAUCUAAAUUUUCAAACAGAGAUCAAAUUUGCAUCCGAGGAAAUGGCGUGAAAUCGGGAAGACUUUCACGGCGAAUUGCAAAAUACGGUUACGAUACUUUGCUAAUUUUGGAAUUUGAAGUUCUGGAUGUCAAAGAUUUGGCGGAUGAAAAUGGAAUUCUAAUCGAGUAUCAAUAA